GGCUGGUCCGAAGGCGGGUGUGUGGUUACAGAAGGGCUGCGCGAAUACUUCGGCCAGUUUGGGGAGGUGAAGGAGUGUCUGGUGAUGCGGGACCCGCUGACCAAGAGAUCCAGGGGUUUCGGCUUCGUCACUUUCAUGGACCAGGCGGGGGUGGAUAAAGUGCUGGCGCAAUCGCGGCACGAGCUCGACUCCAAAACAAUUGAUCCCAAGGUGGCCUUUCCUCGGAGAGCACAGCCUAAGAUGGUGACUCGAACGAAGAAGAUCUUUGUCGGGGGGCUAUCAGUGAACACCACGGUGGAAGACGUGAAGCAAUAUUUUGAGCAGUUUGGGAAGGUGGAUGAUGCCAUGCUGAUGUUUGACAAAACCACCAACCGGCACCGAGGGUUCGGUUUUGUCACGUUUGAGAGCGAAGACAUCGUGGAAAAAGUGUGUGAAAUCCAUUUCCAUGAAAUCAACAACAAAAUGGUGGAAUGUAAGAAAGCUCAGCCAAAAGAGGUGAUGUCGCCGACGGGCUCAGCCAGGGGGAGGUCUCGAGUCAUGCCCUACGGAAUGGACGCCUUCAUGCUGGGCAUCGGCAUGCUGGGUUACCCCGGUUUCCAGGCCACGACCUACGCCAGCCGGAGUUAUACAGGCCUCGCCCCUGGCUACACCUACCAGUUCCCCGAAUUCCGUGUAGAGCGGACCCCUCUCCCGAGCGCCCCAGUUCUCCCCGAGCUUACAGCCAUUCCUCUCACCGCUUAUGGACCGAUGGCGGCGGCGGCGGCGGCGGCGGCUGUAGUUCGAGGGACAGGUUCGACUCCCAGCCGCACAGGGGGCUUCCUGGGGACCACCAGCCCCGGCCCCAUGGCUGAGCUCUACGGGGCAGCCAACCAGGACUCAGCGGUCAGCAGUUACAUCAGCGCUGCCAGCCCUGCCCCUAGCACCGGCUUCGGCCACAGUCUCGGGGGCCCCUUGAUUGCCACAGCUUUCACCAAUGGGUAUCACUGAAGCGAGAGACAGGUGGCAGGAGCGCCCAGCCUGCAGCUGACUGAGGACCACGAGUGAGCCAGCGAGGGGGCGGGGACACCUCAGCCGCAGCCGCCCCCUCCCCCACAGUGACUCGGACCGCUACUGCCUGCACCCCCGCUCCCGGGUGGCCCAGGCCCCUGCCCUGCUGUCUCUAGACGUUGUCUGGCUCCCCUACUAACCUCCCCCUCUUCCACCCCGGCCUCCUCCCCCGCCUGCCCCUGUCCUACCCGCUUUUAUUUAUUUUGGAUUAGCCGUUUACCCCACCACGGUCCCCUGGUUCUUCCCUCUCUGCGCCCCUCCCUGUCUGCCGUGCCCCCAUUAGGACCCCCUACCCUUCCCCCAGGAAGGCUUUUGUAUUUGUGCAUAGCUAGAGAGAGGGCGCAGGGGGCCUGCCGAGGUCGCAGCCCCCACCCGGGUUUUUUUAUUCUGGUUUUCCCUCCUUUUCUCUUUUCCUUUUUUUUUUUUUUUUUUUUUUUUAAGGAACUGUUUUUUAAACUAUUUCUAGGUUUGUGAAUGUGAAGCCCCAGGCCGCAGGGGCAAGGGGCCAGGUGUCCCCCCCACCAGCUAAGAACAAAAUGUCUAUGUGGGUGUGGGCUCCUGGCCACCUCCGUCCAGCCCUGGAGAGGACAGGGCUGCGUAGGCCAGGCCGAGCCCCUGGAACCAUCCCGUCCUGUAUUAUAUGUAAAUACUGUGAGGUGAAGCCCCCACCCCCUCUAAGACCCCUUGGGGGUGAGGGCAUUGCCUGGCCCCACCCCGCAAAGGUCUCCUCCCUCCUGUGUUUCUGUCCCCUCCUCAGACACCGUUACUGUAAGCUUGCAGGCCUCAACUGUGGCCAAGGCAGGCCCGCUCUCUCAGGCCUUGGGGGUCAAGGCCUUGGGCCUGCUCACCCCGAGAAAUCCCAGUGUUGGGGCAAGGGGCGAGAGAAGAGAAAGGCUCACCCCGAGCCACUGCUGGAAAGGAAUUAACUCUCCAAAGGUCUCCCCCUGCCCCCUACCUCGGUUGGGCUUUCAUGGUUUCUGCUCUGAACCCCCCAUGAGUGGGCAUCAGGGGGCACUUUGGGAAGGGGUGGACCCCAGGGGAAAGCAAAGGGCUUCUCAGGGAACCCCCACAUUCUCUCACUGAAGUUUCCCACCAGGAUGGUCCCAUGGCCAGACCCCCUUGGCAGUCCCUCACCCCUGAGCCCCCUUCCAAGGGAAAAGAGGCUCAGGGUUUGACUUCAUGAACUGUGAGUGACAUGGCUGGGCGUGGCAGGGCCGAGGCCCCCCGUUGUUGUCGUCGUUGUCAUCGUCCCCUCUCUUUAUGUCCCCCUCCCCCAGGUCUGAGGCUGGGGACCUGAGCUCCCUUCCCCAUCACAGUCCCCACCCUCAAAACCCACUUUGGAGAGUUAAUUGUUUGUGUGAGGUGCUUAACCUAUCAGCCCUGAGAACACAAAGCAAUAAUCUUUGUUACUGAGAUGCGCGGCUGUUCGUGGUUUUUUUUUUUUUUUUUUUUUUGUUUCCUAAUAAAAGAGAAGCUGCAUUUUAUUGGUUUUUAUUUUUAAUUUUCUACACGUUUGAGCUGAGUCAUGAAAGACUUAGCUCCCCUCUCCUCCCCUUCCUGUGACACCCCCACCCCCCCACCCCACUGGGCCCACCCAUGGGCUCGGAGCCCUGGAAUUCCGUUUUCUGAUUUGUUUGGGGAAUUUUUUUAAAAAGAUGUUACAUGGUGUUCCGAAGCCAGCAAGUUACCACCCUCCGGUGUCUCUUCUCUCCACAUCUGUAACUUCUUUUUCCAGGUUUUAUUUUCAGUUUGACAUUCCUAAUAAAUUAUUUGAA